UAUGUAGUUAUAUAGAUCAUAAAUGGCAAUUAAAAAGUCACUUGAAAGUCCCAAAAAUAAAGAUAAUGGAAAAGCUUUUCUAAGUAAAAGCAAGAGGGAUUUUAUAACUCUGACUACAUGCGCUAUGGCAGGUAUUGGAACUGCAACUGCAUUUUGGCCGUUGGUUAAAUCAAUGAGCCCUUCUGCUGAAAUUUUAGCAAUGUCUACGGUAGAAGUAAACUUAUCCAGCAUUCAAGAAGGUAAGGGAAUAAAAGUCAAGUGGCAGGGUAAACCGGUUUUUAUUCGCAAACGCACCAAGCAGGAGAUUAAAGCCGCCAGAGAUGUUGAUAUAAAUACUUUAAGAGAUCCUCAAACAGAUGAGCAGAGAGUAUGUAAAGGUAAGGAUGAGUGGUUGAUCAUAAAGGGAGUAUGUACACAUCUCGGGUGCGUACCAAUUGAUCACGCUACAGAAGUAGGUAACGGUUGGUUUUGUCCUUGUCAUGGUUCAUAUUAUGAUACGUCUGGUCGAGUCAUUGGAGGCCCUGCGCCAAAAAAUAUGGAUGUACCUGAUUAUUUUUUUUCAACCAAUGACAUUGUAGUAAUUGGUAAAAAAGCUUAAAACAUAGUUCACGCAAUGGUAUCGAAUUAAGAAAAAUACUGUUUUCUAAGUUUUUAUAGUUAACAUACAAAAACAUAAAGUAAUAUACUAUUAAGAUUAUAUCAUUAAUUAAUUUUCUGUUAUAGUAUAUUGUAAAAAAAUAGGUGUCAUUUAUGAUAAUUGAAAUGUCUAAAGAAAAUAGUGAAAGGCUUUUGUAUGGUUCUAAAUACCUUAACAAGGUUGGCAAAAACUAUUUUUCUUCACAAAAUAAUAGU